AUGCCGGUUCCAGCAAUUUUUGUGGCUGGUUGUAGCACCGCUGAUGCCUGGUUCCACCAAAAACUUCACCACACCAAAAAUCGCCGCCUCGUCGCAGCAUCGGGCUCAGCCGGUUCCAGCAUCCUCCGCCACGGUUCCAUCGUUUUGCCACCGUGGUUUGCAGCACCCGUCAGCGUGGUCACCGUGCCCGUGGUGGGCAACGCCAUGCUCGGCUGGUUGCAGCAUCGCUGGACGCCGUCUCCAGCACCAAUGGACGCCCCCGUCUCCAGCACCCGCUCCGCCACGCCGCCCCAAGGCCGCCGCCAUGCAGUGGUUAGCAGCGCCGCCCCCCGUCAAAGCCAUGAGCAUGGAGAAGGUGCAGGCCAUGUCCUCCCCCUGCCUUGCGCGA